AUGGCGGACUUCUGUGCGCUUUGGACGAGGGUAAGCGGGCAGGAUGAGCAGCAGGCUCGCAGCGUGCAUGGGACUCUCGAGAAACUCUACUCGGAUCCGGCUCGAAAGUAUCACGGCUUGAAUCACAUACACGAUUGCUUGGCUCGGCUGGCCGAUUUCCGCCAGGACGGCAGCUCCGAUUUAGCAGCACUCACGGGUGCUCAGCUCGACGAGGUUGCCGUGGCACUCUGGUUCCACGACGCGAUCUACGACCCCAAAUCGAGCAGCAACGAGGCCGAGAGCGCGGCGCUGUUCGUGGACUUGUCGCGAGGGAUGGAGGCGAGCGCGCGGGAGAGGAUUGAGAGGAUGAUCCUGGCGACGGUGGACCACACUGGAGCUGGCGAUCAGGCGGAGAGGCUGGUGGUGGACAUCGAUCUGUCCAUCCUGGGACGCGGGAAGGAGGAAUACGACGCGUACAAGGAGGGCAUCCGGAGCGAGUACUCGUGGGUUCCCGAGAGCGUGUAUCGCGAGAAGAGAGCCGGCGUGCUCAAGCGAUUUCUGGAGCGAGAGCGCCUCUUCUGGACGGAUUUCUUCCACGCCGGGUUUGAGCGAGAGGCGAGAGCGAAUCUGGCAAGAGAAAUCUUAGAACUUUCGUAG